CCAAGCCCAGUAACGUGUGCGAGGGGAGGAGGAUACGACUGACUCUGGAAUUUCGAGGGUGUGGCCAUUGUACCUGUAGGCCAAGUUCCUCUCGAUAUUAUUCAAAACGGCAAAGUUCAUGAGCUUGAUACCAGUACACUUCUGAUCGGACGGACAGUUUCAUUCAGCUGGUGAAUAGUAAUGGACAGGAGCUCCUCUUCGAUUCAAGGCAAAAAACUGAUUCGUCUCUACAUGGAUGGAUGUUUUGACGUUACCCAUUACGGACACGCUAAUGCAACUAGGCAGGCAAAGCAGCAUGGUGAUUGUCUGAUAGUUGGUGUCCAUCCUGAUGCUGAAAUUGCUACGAACAAAGGCCCUCCAGUUUUCACGCAAGAUGAAAGAUACAGAAUUGUGCGAGCUUUUCGAUGGGUCGAUGAGGUUUUGGAAGAUGCCCCUUUUAACACUCCAAUUCAACUACUGAAGGAAUUGGACAUCGACUUCCACGUUCACGGCGACGACAUAAGCAUAUCGGCCGAAACGGGACUUGACUCUAACGCGGCCGCAAAAAGCGCGGGCCUUUACAUGGAAGUUAAACGGACAAAAAGUAUCUCAACCACAGACUUGGUAGGAAGGAUUCUCUUGGUGACGAAGGCUCAUCACGUGACAGUGGACGAUGACAUGAAUACAACGAGUGGUCAGUAUGUGCUAGAAGAAGGUCGAUGUGUGAACCCAAAUUUCCUUGCAACUUCAAAAAUGAUAGCGGACUUCGCACCGAGGAAUGUUCCCAAACCAGGCGAUAGGAUUGUCUACACGGCUGGGGCAUUUGACCUAAUGCAUGCUGGACAUGUUGACUUCCUUGAAGCUGCCGCCGGACAAGGUGACUUCCUCAUUGUCGGGAUCCAUUCAGACGCGGUUGUCAACCGAUGCAAGGGCACUAACUACCCUAUCAUGAACCUCCAUGAGAGGGUAUUAGCUACCCUAUCUUUCAAGUACGUUGACGAAGUUAUCAUUGGUGCGCCUUACAUACUCUCAGAGGCCAUCAUGGAUGAACUUAAGAUUGAUAUUGUGGUGCACGGACGGACAGACACCCCAAUGGACUUGGAUGGCCAAGACCCGUAUCAGGCAGCCAAGUCCAGAGGAUGCUACAAGAUCGUUGACAGUGGCAGUUCGCUGACUACAGAUAGAAUCAUCCAAAGGAUAAUGAUGCAUUGUUUGGAGUAUAAAGAGAGGAACCGAAAAUCAGAGGAGAAAUUCAAGCGACAAGAGGAGUUAAAAGCCAAGAUGAUGAAGGACAACUGAAAGAAACCAACAAUACAGGAGACCGAGGGUAAUUUCAAGUCAUCCUAUAGGAUAGAAGUAUAGGAUAGAGUAAUACCAAGUAUUUAAUCUGCACUUUUAGGUAUGAUUAUAAUAAUAAUAAUGAUAUGAUAUCUAAUAAUAAUCGAAGUUGCUAUGUACACAGCAGACUGCUGUAGGGGUAUACGGUAAAAAAGGUACAGGAAUAAAAGGUACAGGAAAAAAAGGUACGGAAAUAAAAGUACAGGAAAUAAAAGUACUGGAAAUAAAGGUACCGGAAAAAAGGUACUGGAAAAAAAGGUACACAAAAUGGCAUAAAUAGGUAAAAAAGUACACAAUUUUUUUUAGAAUAUUAUUCUCUUCAACUGGUUCAGACUCGGCCUAUGUCUUAAUCUUUUCCUGCCCAUUUUUCUUCUUCUGUGACUAAGGUGGUGCCUUAAAAUAGUUUAAUACAUUGCGGACAAUUUUGUUACAGAAUGAAUUUGAGGAAAAUUCAUGGAAGAAGUUGCCCAACAGGGGAGCUGAAGGUUUUUUUUGGUAAUAACUACGUGUACAUUCAUGUUCUUUUACGUUUUAAAAUACUCGAGUCGUAUUCUUAUUAGGGGCGGAUCCAGGAUCUUGGGAGGGGGGGCGGGCGCACCUGGCAUCCCACCUGGCAUUUCAUAUUAAGAUUCUCGCCAUUUCCCUAAUAGCUUGUGUUUGGUCUUAAAUCUAAUAAUUUGUCUGUUAAGACCUAAUUGGCCAGGCACAUUGUUAAUUGGGUCCAGCUCUAUGAUGAAUGUUAAUUGAUUAAUUGCAAUUUAACUUGAACAUUGGUACAUUUAUCGGUUAACCCUUUUGCAGAGGGAAUUGUCCUAGAAUCUUUACAACCAUCAUGAUCUUGAUAGCCGUGUUUUCACUCUUGAAAACCAUAACGGUAUACUGGAAAUUUGAUACUUAUUUCUAAGGCCUAUGCAAUGCCUACGCAACAAAUAAAGUUAAAGUUAUGAAUAGAAAAAGAGAGAAUUCAAUUGAUAUUUAAAAAAAAAGUGUACCUUUUUUACCUAUUUAUGCCAUUUUGUGUACCUAUUUUUCCAGUACCUUUUUUUCCGGUACCUUUAUUUCCGGUACUUUUAUUUCUUGUACCUUUAUUUCCUGUACCUUUAUUUCCGUACCUUUUUUCCUGUACCUUUUUUCCUGUACCUUUAUUACCUAGAUUCGCUGUAGGGAGUGGGGGAUCCAUCACUCCCAACGGCCGGAGUUUAACCAGCUUGUUGCCGUCGAUUUGGUACAUAUUGUGUAGACCAUACUUGCAACCUCUCUGAUGCAACUUGUUUGUUAGGCCUAUAGUCCCCGAGACAGGAGCCCAGUCGCGUCAAGAAGCACGCUUAAUAUUUUCAUGCUUUUAUGGAAAAUCCCGGUUAAUUUAUACCGGUAUGACCUGUUUCGGUACGAAACAAUUAUUUUGUCUGCAUGCAAUACUUGUAUCUAGUCUUUCAUCUAUUUACUGUUAUACCUUGAAUUACUAUUUAAUUUGUGUAGAUAUUAUCACUCUACAGUGUAUGUUAUAAAUUAUAUUCAAUAAAGUAGUAAAUUGUUGA